GUAAUUGAAAAAAAAAAAGAAAAUAAUUUGUUGAGACUAUUCUUACUUCAAAAGUAUGGUUGUGGACUUUGAUAAGCAUCAACACGCCUGAACCCUCAACACAUUACCUGUAACGUUCUAAGACUACCAGAAAACACGAAAAUGCCGAAGUUCAAACUCCACGAGCUCCGUGAAAUCAACGAGAUGUACCAGGACUUUGGCCAGAUGACCACCAUGCAUGGCAUUAAAAGGGCCGCGGUCAGCAAACAGCUGUGGAUCAAACUAAUCUGGACAGGGCUGGUCAUCGCGGCCUUGAGCUACGCCUUUUACCAGAUUAGCCAGACGGUCAACACGUACUACAGCUACCCCUCCUCCAUAGGGCUGUCUAUAGAAGCUGACCAUGAGCUGGAACUUCCGGCUGUCACCAUUUGUAACUUGAACAGGAUUCGUGUAUCGAAGGCAGAUUUCUUGCAGUCGCAUUUUGAAGAGUGGAAAAUGAACAAUCUCACAGUACCACAGCAGAUGCAGAAACUGAGCAUAGCCCUCCACAAUUAUUCCAGAGAGAGCAAAGAAGAACUCGGCCACAAAGUCUCAGACAUGAUGCUCAGCUGUUUAUUCAACUCCGAUGCCUGUAAUGCUUCAGAUUUCAAACUUGACACGUUCAUCAACAACGGUAACUGUUAUACGUUCGGGGAUAAGACAGUGAACAAUUCAAAAUCUUGGUUCGUGACCAAGGCAGGACCAGCCAACGGCCUGAUUAUCGAGCUGGACAUCGAGCAGGACGAGUACCUGCCCAUCACCGAAUCAGCUGGGAUAAAGGUCUUGUUACAUUCUGGCUCUGAGAUCGUCUUCCCUGAUAACAGUGGCAUCCUGGCAGCGCCGGGCUUUGUUACUAGUAUUGGCAUUAGGAGGUCUGAAACAUCCCUCCUCCCGGCACCGUAUGGAAACUGCAUCAGCCAAUCAAACGUAUCCAACGAAAUCAAGAACCUCUACAAAAAUAUGGGCUACGACUACACCAAAGACGCCUGUCUACGGACCUGCUUGCAGAUUAAAAUUCACGAUUCUUGCGACUGUAUUGAAACAGACGUGGCGAACAUAAUCCAAGUCCUCAACGACAGAUCAGUCUUGGAUCUGGCGCCGAAUGAAACUCUUCAGAUCUGCAACACUACACAUACAGAGUGUGUCACAGGUGUAGAAGAGCAGUUCCAGAAACGUCUUCUCGGAUGUGAAGACAUAUGUCUGCCUGUCUGUGAGCAAAUCGGUUACUUGACCACGGUGUCCACGGCGACGUGGCCAGCUAAACGCUACAUGGAGAACUACAUCCAGUUUGUCAACAACUCAGCCACAGCCAACAACAAAACCUACAACUGGACAGGCGAGCCGCGACAACACGCCCUCGACAACUUCCUCCGUUUAGAGAUCUACUACGAGACUCUCCGCUACGAGUCGUUCGCUUCAUCCCCGACCUUCGACUGGAACAGUCUCCUAGGCAACAUCGGCGGUCAACUGGGGCUCUGGUUGGGGUUCUCGGUCCUCACAGCUAUCGAAGUCUGCCAGUUUAUUCUUGAAGUUAGCGUCCACGUUGGCAGGAUAUACUACAGAAAACACAGAAAAUCCAAAAAUACCGAAGAACAAAACGAAAAUUCCACCGACAGAAGACUUAGUAGUGCGUUUGCCCCUACACUGACACAAGAAGAUCGUAAAGCCAGUGUCGCCUUUGCUAACAGUACUAGGAGUGAGAGAAGGACCAGCGUACCUUUCGGACUGGCGCCACCAAAACAAGAAACAAGGAGAGCCAGUCUAGCGGUGCCGUACUUCGAGUAUGAGAGGAGGCCGAGUUUUGAUUUUGUGCACAUAGAAGAAGUGGCUUAA